ACGGAGCCUGCCCCUCUCUCUCCCGAUCGACUCUUAGGGUAAAUCGUUCUGUCCAUUUUCUCUCUACGAGCAGAGGUAAAAAAAGGGUCGCUUGCUUUUUGGUUCUUCUAUCCUAUAAUUGUUCGGAUUAGCUGUGGGGAUUCAGCAAGAUCUCCAAACAGCAUGGACUUUCUCAACUGCCUUGAAACUGACAUGUCGAUAAAGAUACUCUCAUGCUUGGAUGAUCCAUCUGAUCUUGUCCGUGUUACUGCUGUCUCACGCUCGUGGCAGGAGUUGGUGGUGAAAUGUGGUCUGUGCAAGCAACUGUGCUUGAGAACGUUCCCUCAACUAUCUAGGCUCGAUCAUGUUAUUCAUCCAAGUGAUAGCAACGAAGAAUCCUCGGAAGCUGAGUCUAGCAAUCUCAUGGAGUGGAGGUCAUUGGAAAGAGAUCACAAGGUUUACGCAUUCUUGGCUAGAGCACGCUUGCCUUCUCCCGUUAAGAGCUGCAUCUCUGAGGCAGUUGUAGCAUCUAGCACCGAUAAUUUCCCAGCCGAAAGCAUUUUCAACACACUUGAGCCUAGAGAUCGGCUUGGUGCUACCCCAUCAUAUUGGUCAAGUCAAGGACAAGAGAAGUCUUCGGUGCCUGAGACUCUUCUUUACAAAUUAAUGGGUGAUGUGUGUGUCGUUACUGAGAUCAACAUUCAGCCUUUCAGAGCUUAUUUCCAGCGAGGAUCUCCAAUAUACUCUGCAAAUUAUGUACGCUUUCGGAUGGGUCACUAUAAACCCUCUUCGGAUAAUUGGAAGACCGAGCCAGCGCACAGCGCGAUUGAAAGCAACUACGUCUGGACAUACAUUUCACAAGAGUUUCCAAUGGCUCAAGAAAGCCGUUUGCAGAAUUUCAAGUUUCCAGAGCCUGUUCUUUGCAUUGGUGGAUAUCUGUUAGUCGAGUUACUGGGUCGGGUCCAGAGACAAGAAAUGGAUGGCUUAUACUAUAUAUGUGUGUCACAUGUGAAAGUGAUGGGAAGAUCACUAGGAGGAGUGUUUGGAGCAGAGAUUAUGGAUCAAACGGGGAAGUUUGCAUUGAAGGUACUGAGUUAUAAAGAGCCACAAGCGACGGAAGAGGAAGAAGGGCUUUCAGCAGAAGCAGGGGAAACACCAAAUAGUAGACCACCAAGGAGAAACCUCCAGCAGCUUUUGAAUUUUCUGCACAGGCAUCCACUUGACGUUGAUGAGUAUGUUUGGGCUGAAUCUGACGACGACGACGAUGAUGAUGAAGAAGAGGGAGGAGGUGCUUUCUGAUUAAACUUUUUUCGACUUUGCAAAGUCUGAAGAGUGGGCACCUCCUCUUGGGGUGUUCUUGGAUCUCCUUCUCUCUUUAAAAAAGAUUCCUUUUUUUUUUUAUUUUACUUAUGCGAGUCUGUUCUUGUUGUGACCACAAUGCUGCUAAAUACAACAGUAAUAUUAUCAUUAUUA